GCGGCGGCGGCUGCCAUUGCUGUGCGGUUUAAAGGUCCUCGCUUUCGCGUCGCUUGUUAGACACCACCAAUAACGACACCAAGAGCACGCGACGCGGGAUAGCGUCGACAAGAUGGACUUCAACAGACUGAUUUCGGAAGCUUCUAAAAACAAAGAGUCCGUCCGCACCGAGAAGAGGUAUAGCCUGGCUGUGGGCCCCCCAAAGAGAGACCCCAAAGUGAAGGGGGUGCAGUCUGCAGCUGUGCAGGCCUUCCUCCGUCGAAGAGAGGAGGACGAACGUAAAAAAGCCGUGGACGAUGAGAAGCGUAAGGCGGAGCUGCUGGCUAAGCGCAGCGAGCUUAAUACCACGCGCAAGGCCCGGGCGAUGGCAUCACGAACCAAGGACAACUUCCAUGGCUACAACGGCAUCCCCGUCAUCGAGAAAGAAAAGCCCACUCGACAGCAGCGGGAAGGGGAGCAGCACCAGAAGAAAAAAGAUCGCGAAAAGCACUGCGCUAGCGACUCGAGUGACGGCGACAGAUGCAACGUGCACAACAAGCACUCGGUGCAGGAAUCGGCCACCACCUCCAUUCCUGCCAAGCGACCGCGAUAUGACUCCGGCGCACCAGCACGGAGCCAGGAGCGGGUUCCGGGGGGUGUGGAAACGUCCAGGGAUAAGACGAAAAAGGUGGCAAAGGCGCAGUUUAAGGCGGCGCCAUCGCUGAGCUUCAUGGAGCUUCUGAAGUUGGCGGAGAAGAAGCAGCAUGAGCCCGUGCCGCUUGUACCGAAGGCGCCGCCUGUCAAGAAGGAGGUCGAUAUCAACGGACUCACACAGCUGGAGGUCCGGCAGCGGGAGUACCUGGAUACUGUCCUCAAAAAGAGGGAAAAGGGACAGCCUAGUGACAAGAAAGAAACCAAAGAGGACGGCAGGGACGGCAGGGACGGCAGGGAUGGCAGGGACGGCAGAGACGGCAGGGAUGGUAGGGACACCAGGGAUGGUAGGAACGGUAGGGACAUCAAGAAUGGUAGGGACAUCAAGAAUGGUAGGGACACCAGGGACGGUAGGGACACCAGGGACGACAGGAAUGGCAGGGAUGAUAGGGACAGCAGGGACAGCAGUGGCAGAGAGGGCAGCAGUCGGGGGCAUGCCUCUGCAGGGAAACCUGCACCAGAGGGUAAGGCUGCCCUGCCGGUAAAACUUAAUGGCUCAUCAUCUGCUGGUGCCAAGGUGAGCCGGCCCUCGUCAUCAUCGUCACCAUCGUUGGCAUCAUCAGCAAGCCUUAAAGGGCCCAGCAAACCUGUGAUUGUGAAGCAGACACCAGACAAAGAGAGCGGGAUUUUAGGUCUGUCCAAGCAGAGCAUUGAUCAGGAACCACGUUCCAAGAGCCAACAACUACCCAGAAUUUCGAGUAAACCUCCCCAUGGCAGCAGUAAGCCCAUCAGCAAUCCGUCAGCAAGACCGAGUGUUGAGCGCCAGGGAAUAAAGCCGGCAUCCAGCCAUGGACAACCGAGGUCCAGCCAAGGACCACCGAGGACUUCCCAGGGACUACCGAGGCCUUCCCAGGGACUACCGAGACCUGCCCAGGGACCCAGAAAACAAGCCGGUCCGGCUCAGGCACCAAAGCAGGCAGAACCACGGAGGUUCGAUACUGGGCCCAGGCUGGGAGUGCGGCUAUCUGGGCCCCACGAGGGCUCGGGAGGAGUUGUAGGGAGCCAGCCACGGUGCACCGUGGUGUCGGAGACCGUGUCCACCAGAGACUUGGCGCAGAAGCAGCAGGAGAGAGCGGCCGCGCUGGCGGGCCGGAGCCUCUCGCGGGGGCCACAGCAAGGCGCGACCAUGCCCUCGAGAGGGCCACCGCCAGGAGGGCCCAUGGGCAGGAAGCCUGGACCACCCAUGGCCUAUCGAGGGCCCCCUCCUGGGAUGGCACCCCCUCAUCGGCGGCGGAUUGAGGAUGACGAGGAGGAGGAGGAAUAUGACUCGGAGAUGGACGACUUCAUCGAUGACGAAGACGUGCCUCAGGACGACAUCUCGCGACAUAUCAAGGAGAUCUUUGGCUAUGACCGCAGAAAGUACAAGUACGAGAGCGACUCCGUACUGCGCUCCAUGGAGACGAGCUGGAGAGAACAGCAGAAGGAGGAGGCGAGAAGCUUGAGGCUGGGAGUCAUGGAAGAUCAGGAAGAUAUCAAGAAAGAGGAGGAGGAAGAGAAGAGGAAGAAAAUGCUUAAAGAUUUAAAGAACAAAAAGUUAAAAUGAAGGACACGAGAAGUUUUGUAAACAAAAGCCCAAAUGCAAACACUGCCCUUCCAUGCAAAACACGGUACCUGCAAAAUCGUCAAGAGGUUUGCCGGGCGCCGUGGUGUUCUCAGGCUUUGGACGGGCGUGUGGCGUGAACCUUCUAUGCAGACAGUGCAGCGUGAUGCGAUGUGUGGCGAAGCUCACCUUUGUCGAAGCCAGUGACGUGUUGGUUGAGUUUUGUGGGUCGGUGAGUCCUGAUGUCGUUACGCACAAGGAUGCCCCCUUGCCUGGCAGGGAGUUGUGGUCCCACUCGAAUGAAACUAAUAGUUUCUAGUUGGCGCUCUGUACAGCAGUGGAGUUGUAUUCUCUCAUGCACCUGUUUUUUUUCCCAGUAAGUCUAGUUUCAUACCAGAUGCCCAAACAGGAUCUCCCUGAAAAAUUCUUAACUUGGAGAGGCUUUCCUGCGCAAAGAAAUUCGAGCUAGAAUAAACAGACUCAAACAAAUCUAAGACUACAUUAGUCAGUGAGCUCAAUAUAUGUUCCUGUUUUUUUUCUUCCUGCAAACAAAAUAACCCUAAAUUCACCCAAUCUUUUGUGUAAGUAGGGUUGGCCUGCCACGUGUUGUAUGUAGAUGUUGGGGUUGUGUGGGGGCUAGGAGAUGGCAGUGCUUAGUCUCUCCCCCUCGUGUGCUUGGUGGAUUUUCUCCCAGGUAUUCUGGUUUCCUCCCACAUGCCAAACGUUCAUUCAUGGAAUUGGCCAAACGACCCAAUGCCAUACCUUCCUAAACAAUAAUACUGAGACCCAUUGAAAUAUUUGGUGGAUAAAUGUCAUCAAAUACAGAGCAAUACAAGCGUGUCUUGCUUAACGAGCGAGAUACCGUCCGCAAAAAUUGGGGUGGGUGGCCAGCACCAUGCCCACUCACCUUUGUCUCCAUCGUGGCGAUGUUUACACACUAUCAGGUACUCAUUUGAGGUUGAAUCGACCUAAGGGAGGCCCAGGACCAGUUGAGCUAAUGGUCACUGAGGUUGGCCGUAAGCGCGAGUCAAAACUGCUCGCUUGGUUUGUAGCGUCGGCGUGCUAACCAUUACACCACCACUCCUCUCCCGCCAUCCACCCAUUACAUCGCCACCAUGAGGCCCACUCUCCCCGACACGGAACACAAGGAGCACACAGCCCAGCUGAUAAACAAAUUGCUGCGGGCCACGGUGCAUGCGCCCCCUGCCGCCAUGGGACGCAUAUUUAUCGAUUGGUCUCUCACUUGAUAAACGCACAUUUUGCUCGUUUUGCGAACAAAUGUUUUUUUAUUUCCAAUUGCUCAUAGCUAAUUUUUAAGUAAAGAAUGCUCGUUAAGCCAGAUACCAUCCCUACAUCUUGUUCCUCAAGCACCCUCAGUACGGUUAAUCAAAAGUCCAUUAUUUAGUAAUUUUAAUUACUUCUAAUGGCAGUGGCAUCGGUUACAUGAAUUCCCAUGUAACAUUGUUUGAGUAAUGCAAUCACGCAUCAGCACGACUCGGACCCAGAUCAGAUAUUUCAUUGAAAGUGGAAAAAUUUAGUUGUGUUAUGAAGGUCUGUAACGUAUAUUAUACUAGGAUGUGUUGGCCAGUGAAUAUGUUUAUUUAUUCUCUUCUACUGGCCAUGUAAAGAGAUUGGGAGUGAAGUCUCAGUACUUCCAAGUGGUAGAAAUGUUUUCUUUAGUCCAUGGAUGUUACUGUGAAGUCUGGUUUAUCCUUUGACGAGGUCAAUGUGUGAUUCAUCUGUGUACAAGUCCCUUAAUCAUCACCUGUUCCAAAUAGAGUUUCAGUUUGUAUCAAACUGAUUAAGUGGUGAAAUCGUCAGUGGAAUAAGCAUGACACCCGUGUGUGUCUGUGUGUGAACGUGCUUUGCUGGCAUUGUGAUAGCGACGGAUGGUUUGUGGUGCCUGGCAACACGGAUUGCCCGAGCCCAACUUCGUGUCAGUCUGGGCACGUAACGGUUUUUCUUACAAAACAUGCAAGUAAAAAUAUUACGAUUCUUGCAAAGGAUGUGCAUCAUGAACGUUUCGGCUAAUUUUACAAACGGGACACUGCAAACACGACGGAAGAAACGGGACAAAAUAGUUGAUUAUUGGAUCGCAUUCAUCAUGCCAUUUGGUUUGCGGAGUUUUUGAAUCGUUAAGUUCUAGUCUGUGGAGCUGUGAGAGAGAGAGCAGAGCCUUGGAGUUUGUGGCACUAACCCAAACUUACAUGCGGUGAUUUUUCUUUCCCGAUACAAGAAUUUGUCACUGCUUUGAACUCGCGAUGUGCUCUCAUUUCCGUAGGAAGUGCUGUUUCUAGCCUAGACCGUUAUUGGGCAAUGAACGAUAUGAUGACAAUUUCCUUUGUCGUUUCCUGUAACUUCACUUCCCGAUGGAAUAAGACCAUGACUAUGGGUGAGUUAUUGAAUUAGAAUUUAAGUCAUGUGCUCAUCUGAUAGCUGCUGUCAAGGUCUCUGCUUUAUUGCGUCAUCUGCACUUGAAAUGGUAAGACACAGUGCUGCGCAAUUCCGACGGUAGCAACCGAGCUGUGGACUUGAUGAUAAUCACUCAACCAUAAUGUUAUUAAUAUCAACACGUGGACCAGUCUCUAUAAGUGGAGACCGCUGCUGCAUAAGAUGAUCGACCAAGUGCCUAAAGCUCUGUUUCUGUGUAGAUUUUGCUAUUAUUUACCCCGCUAUCGCCUAAAGCCAAAGCUCUGGAUGUCUUUAGCAGGAGCUGCUGUGUACACAGGGCAUCUCGAUAUUGUCUUAAUUUCAGUAGAACUGCAUAGGCGUGACAGCGACUGACCUGCCUUGCUACCAUAUAGCAUACAUGUAUAGCGAGACUAGCUUGUCUUUUAAAGGGCAGUACAGCAAGUUUGUUGCUUAGGGGUUCUGUGUUUUCCCUUUCUAUGUGUCGGGUUUCUCUGUGCACUGCUUUUUCUGGGGGGCUUUUUUCCUACUGGAAGUAGAAUUUCUCAAAAAAGGAAUUGGCCAAACCAUCUCAAAUUGAGACCCUCUCAAAACGGAGUCUUGAAAAACUCCGUGUGGCCUUCAAACUUUAUUAAAACUGUUACAAAAUAAUUUGUGUCCCCCCCACCCCCUUUCUGUUGUGUUAUGGAACCUAUACAAUGCAAUGAUCUUGUCAAGCUGAUGUAAAUAGGAAGCUUCUUGAUGAUGGGAAGUAGUUUGGAGCCGCGUGUGAUUCCUGAAGGCCACGAUGAAUUUGGGCGACCCAGAGGGCAAUUGUCACCAGCAAUGAUUGCCAAGCCAGUUUUGCCUUUACAAGUUUUAGUUACCCAACUCGGUACCAAUUGUAUUGAACCGUUUCCCCAACUGGGCAACUAGGUUGACAACUUACACACAGGCAAGUCACAUGACCGAGGCUGUGUGCUCUGUAAACGAAUUAUUCCUUAAACCCAAUUUGCAACCAACACUUUUCACUGGCUAAACACAACUUUUGGCAUACAUGCCAGUGCCAUACUGUGUUGCAAUAGUUGCUUGUGUUGGAUGUGGUGCUGCUGGCACUUUUGCCAUUCAUGGCUGUAUUGUCGUGGCCAUCGGGCUUCAACGCGGUAGCAGCUUGGACAAAGUUCUGGAGUCGUGAGAUAAGGAAGGUAAACGAGCUAAAGAUUGUUCUCAAUUUAUACGAAUUGGUGGAUCUGGCCGGAUUUCCCCCUCCGACACCAAAGACUGCAGUCAUUUGCUGUAAUCACGUACCUAGAAAGGGAAACUUAUUUUAUUUAAGAUUCUACUUUACAAAAAUAAGAGUUGAGUGAUUAUGUUCACUUGAGACAGAGUUAAGUGAUUUACAAAGUAGCAUUAAGUGACUGGUUGGUGCCAUGCGUCGUGGUUUAUUCAAAAGCGCAAGUUCAUGUCCUGGUUUGUGCUUGGCUCGUAAUCAUCUCUUUGGGGCUGAAAACAUUUGUAUCACUUUUGUUGAAAGUCAAGAGUGGUCAUUCAAGGAAGAGAGUGAGCCCCCAUCCUGGCACUGUGGAAUUUCCACCAAUGUCUCUGAGCCCCCGAGUGGAGAUGAGCACUACCCUAUGCUUAGUUGAGCAGGCAGAUGCGUUGAGUCUUUGACUUAAGAUGAUGCAAUGCGAUGUGCUUUGUUCUGUGAUGGAUGAUUGGAAAUAAUCUGCCAGCCAGUCGCGUCCCCAUACAAAAAGUGACAUUGUGUUGGGGUGAGUGGGUGCAAUGCUUGCAAUGCUAUGCUGCUUGAAAUAAAUGCAUAUGCCGCGACAUUUAUUUAUUUUAUCGUAAAACGAAAGAGUAAAUCUAUUGUACAGUACAA